AUGCGUCACAGCCAUGCAGGCCUUCUACCGCUGCUGCUUCUCUGCAUCGCGUUAAGUGCGCGCUGUGAGCUGGACACAGAUGUGGUGGUCCCGACCCUGCUCCCCGGACCCAGGUCGGCGCACCUGUCCAGCCUCCGCAUGCCUCGCUCUCCAUCUUCUGCGGGAUCCAGGUGGAAUAGAACCAGCAGCAGGGACAUCCUCGUGGCGCUGCCUGCGUUCGGGGGCCGGCUGGUGCUAAAUCUGACCCGGGACGCGUCGUUUCUGUCGCGGGACUUUGUGGUGGAGGAGCGGGGCGGUGUGGAAGCAGAGGUGCGCAGGGUGACACAGGAGGAGCAGCUGUGCUUCUACACCGGCUCUGUGCUCAACCACUCCGGCUCUGUGGCGUCUGUCAGCACCUGUGGAGGUCUGACAGGGAUGGUCCACAUUGGGGAGGAUAUGUUGUUCAUCGAGCCUGUCCUCAAGUCCACUCUGCAGUCCUUCUCUGGCCACCAACACCGGGUCCAGAGACAGAAGCGCUCUGCUCCGGACCCCGGCUCGUCCAAGGACCAGCUCCGCUUCUGUGGCACUGAGCAAGGGCAGAGGAGAGCCCCCCGCAGCAGGAGGCACACUCUGGCCCCGCCUGAGGCCUACACGGUGGAGACUGUGGUGGUGGCAGACGCAGACAUGGUGCAGUACCACGGGGCAGACGCGGCUCAGCGCUUCCUGCUCACCGUCAUGAACAUGGUCUACAACAUGUUUCAGCACCAGAGUUUAGGAACCAGGAUCAACGUCCGAGUCACUAAACUGCUGCUGCUGCACACCCGCCCUGUGAAGCUGAAGGUGAGCCACCAUGGGGAGCGUGCCCUGGAGAGCUUCUGUCACUGGCAGUACCAUGAGCUGGGCACCAGGCACCUGGGAACCAACUACCUCCCAGGGGCCAGAGACGACGUGCCGGUGGACGCGGCCGUGCUGGUCACCAGAACAGACUUCUGUGUCCACAAAAAUGAGCCCUGUGACACUGUCGGGAUUGCGUAUCUGGGAGGGGUGUGCAGCUCCAGGAGGAAGUGUGUUUUGGCAGAAGAUAAUGGCCUGAACCUGGCCUUCACCAUCGCCCAUGAGCUGGGACACAACAUGGGGAUGAGCCAUGACGAUGACCACGCCUCCUGUACGGGACACUCCCACAUCAUGUCUGGAGAAUGGGUCAAAGGCCGGAACCCCAGCGACCUUUCCUGGUCCUCCUGCAGCCGCGACGACUUGGAGAAGUUCCUCAGGUCUAAAGCCAGUGCCUGCCUUCUCCACACCGACCCGCGGAGCCGGUACCAGGUGCGGCUAUCUCCCAAACUCCCCGGGAUGCACUACAGCGUGGACGAGCAGUGUCAGAUCCUGUUUGGGACCAACGCCACCUUCUGCACCGACAUGGAACACCUGAUGUGUGCGGGCCUGUGGUGUAUGGUGGAGGGAGACUCUGCCUGUAAGACCAAGCUGGACCCCCCUCUGGAUGGGACGGAGUGUGGGGUGGACAAGUGGUGCAGAGCCGGGGAGUGUGUGAUCAAGAGCCCCAUCCCUCAGCACGUGGACGGGGACUGGAGCUCCUGGAGCCAGUGGAGCAUGUGCAGCCGGACCUGUGGCACCGGAGUCCAGUUCAGGCAGAGGAAGUGUGACAACCCCCCGCCUGGUCCUGGGGGCCGCCACUGUCAGAAGACCAGUGUGGAGCAUAAAGCCUGUGAGAGGCCCUCCUGUCCUAAAGGGGCCCCCAGCUUCAGGGACCUGCAGUGUCUGUCCCACGACCGGCAGUUCCCUCUGAUGAAGAGCAGUAUGAUGACGUCUAUUGUCAAUGAUGAGAAACCGUGCGUGCUCUUCUGCAGCCCGGUGGGACGCAGUGUUCCGGUGCUGGUGUCCGAGCGGGUGAUGGACGGCACACCCUGCGGACCGUACGAUGCAGACCUCUGCGUCAACGGCAGGUGCCAGAAGAUCGGCUGUGACGGCAUCAUCGGUUCUUCUGCCAGAGAGGACCGCUGUGGGGUGUGUAACGGGGACGGGCGCUCCUGCCGGGUGGUCCGAGGCGACUUCAACCACACCAAAGGAAUGGGAUACAUCGAGGCGGUGGUGAUCCCGGCUGGAGCACGGAGAAUCAAAGUGGUGGAGGGAAAACCUUCUCACAGCUUCCUCGCUCUCAAAGACUCAGGGAAGAGGUCCAUCAACAGCGACUGGAAGAUAGAGCUUCCAGGAGAGUUCGAGGUGGCUGGGACCACGGUGCGUUAUGUGAGGAGGGGACUGUGGGAGAAGAUGUCUGCCCGGGGCCCCACCACGCUGCCCCUGCACCUCAUGGUGCUGCUCUUCCAUGACCAGAGGUACGAGAUCCACUACGAAUACACCAUGACCCUGAACGCAUCAGAGAUCAGCGUGGAGCCCAGAGAACCGGAACAUCUGUACAUCUGGACACACAGCCGCUGGCAGGACUGUACCGUGCAGUGUGGAGGAGGAGAGCGGAGGACGGUGGUGUCGUGCAUGCGGAUCGCCAACAAGAGCAUGGACGUGGUCAGUGACAGCUUCUGCCAACCUGAGAACAGACCUCACCCUCAGGUCCGGCUCUGUAACUCUCACCAGUGUCAGUACAGGUGGGUGACGGGGGAGUGGGGGUCCUGCUCCGUCACGUGUGGCCCGGGUCUGCAGCACAGGGAGGUGGGCUGUGUGUACCAGCUGCAGAACGGCUCUCUCAUCCACACCAGGGACCUGUACUGUCAGAGCGGGAAGCCCCCGAGGGUCCAGGCCUGCGAGGGUCGCCUCUGCCUCAACGUGUGGGAGGCCUCCGAGUGGUCCAAGUGCUCGUCAAACUGUGGAGAGGGCGUUCGCAGCAGGACUGUGCUCUGUACCAACCCCCAGGGCCUCUGUGACCCGCUGUCCCGGCCCCCCCACCAGGAGCCCUGCACGGACCACUCCCAGUGCUACGAGUGGAAGACCGGAGACUGGUCCAAGUGCUCGUCGUCCUGUGGGAAGGGUCUUCAGUCGCGGGUGGUCCAGUGCAUGCACCGUGUGACCGGUCGCCAUGGAGACGACUGUCCGGUGCUGCUGAGGCCCCCUGCGUACAGACCCUGUCACCUGGACACCUGCAACCAGAAAGUCAACGUGAACACCAUCACCUCCCCCAGGCUCGCCGCACUGACCUACAAGUGCACGGGCGACCAGUGGGCCGUGUACUGCCGCGUGGCCCGGGAGAAGAACCUCUGCCAGGACAUGAGGUGGUACCAACGCUGCUGCCAGACCUGCCGGGACUUUUACGCCAACAAAUCUCAGCUGUCCACAGACUGA